UAACGGACCGAAGCAGCCACAAAAGGAUCAGAAGGGGUUGCACGACUGAAAAGCUGAGGAAAGGCAGAGCUUGGCGAUUCACCAUCCAGAUCCGGCCCACCGUGAUCAGGGGGACCCGACACCCAGUGCCAGCCCACCGAGAUCCGGGGGACCCGGCAGUUAGAGCCGGCCCACCGAGACCCGGGGGACUCGCCACCCAGAGCCGGCCCACCGAGUUCUGGGGGACCCAUAACCGGGACCAUGAUGAAGUUUAGGUUCCGCCGGCCGGGUAACGACCCGCAGCGGGAGAAACUCAAACUGGAGCUGUUUGCCUUCAAUAAGACAGUGGAACAUGGAUUUCCAAAUCAGCCCAGCUCUUUGGCACAUGAUCCAAAACUACAGCUCAUGGCCAUUGCAACCAAAACAGGAGCUGUGAAAAUAUAUGGAGCUCCAGGUGUGGAGUUUACAGGCCUACACAAAGAAGCAGCUACUGUGACACAGAUGCACUUUUUACCAGGACAGGGCCGUCUGUUGUCUUUGCUGGAUGACAAUUCCAUUCACCUGUGGGAGAUUAAUCAAAGGAACAGCUAUUCUCACCUGGAAGAGAUCUGCACUUUAACACUUCCUGGACGACCAGGGUUCGACUGUACUAACCCUCCCAGUAUUACCAGAAUUACUGUGAUUAUGUUGAAGUCUUGCUGUGACAUGGCAUAUUUGGGGACAGAAGGUGGAGGUGUGUAUUUCCUGGAUUUACCAUCAUUGCAACUAUUGGAUAGCAAAACUCUAUUUCAGGAUGAGGUUUUGCAGAGUAUUCCAGACGAUUACAAGUGUGGAAAAGCUCUGGGACCAGUUGAAUCGCUCCAAGAACAUCCAGCUGAUCCAGAUAAGAUCCUGAUUGGUUACAGCCGAGGCCUCGUGCUCCUGUGGGGCCAGGUGACACGCUCCGUGGAGGAUCUGUUUCUAGGCAACCAGCAGCUCGAGAGCAUAAGCUGGGAGAGGAGCAGCAGGACAUUUGUCAGCUCCCAUAGUGAUGGAGGCUACAUGGUGUGGCCAGUGAACAGUGCAAGGUGCAAGAUCCAACCCCUCACCAUCUCUGUCCCUUACGGUCCGUUCCCCUGCAAAGCCAUCAACAAAAUUCUUUGGAGAACAUCAGAAACAGGGAGCCCUUUUGUAAUUUUCAGUGGUGGAAUGCCAAGAGCCAGCUAUGGGGAUAGGCACUGCAUCACCAUAAUGCAGGGCAAGGUCCAAGUAACGCUGGACUUCACCUCACGAGUGAUAGACUUCUUCACAGUGCAUAAUAUAGACCCUGAGCAAGAGUAUGACAACCCUAGAGCCCUUCUAGUGCUAGUAGAGGAAGAACUGGUGGCAGUGGACCUACAGACCCCAGGUUGGCCCACCAUUACUCCUCCAUACCUCGCACCACUUCAUUCCUCUGCCAUCACGUGUUCCUAUCACAUUUCCAAUAUCCCAGUCAAGCUUUGGGAGAGAAUAAUCUGUGCAGGGAAGCAACAGAACCCUCAGCAUUCAACAGUGGAGUGGCCAAUUAAUGGUGGGAAGAAUCUGGCUCCAGAACCUGUCCAUAAAGGGCUACUGUUAACUGGGCAUGAGGAUGGGACAGUGCGGUUCUGGGAUGCAUCCGGUGUGUCGCUGAAACCUCUUUACAAACUGACCACGGCAAAUAUUUUCCAAACGGAGGCAGACCACAAUGAGGGUUUUCCACAGUCCGGGGAAGAGGAGUGGCCCCCAUUCCGCAAGGUUGGCUGCUUUGAUCCCUAUAGUGAUGAUCCCAGGCUGGGAAUCCAGAAGAUUUCCCUGUGUAAAUACAGCAGCCAGCUGGUGGUUGCUGGCACAGCAGGACAGGUUCUAGUUAUGGAAUUUAAUGAUGAAAAGUCUGAACAAAAGAUAAACCUCUCUUCAGCUGACCUCCUUCAGGAUCGAGAGGGUUUCACAUGGAAAGGCCAUGACCGGUUGACCCCAAAAAGUGGCCUAGUCAGCUUUGUCCCUGGUUUCCAGCCAUGCUUCCUGGUUCAGUGUAUUCCACCAGCUGCUGUGACAGCAGUGACUCUACACACUGAAUGGCAGCUUGUGGCGUUUGGCACCAGUCAUGGUUUUGGCGUCUUUGAUUACUACAGACAGCAGCCAGUAUUAGCCAGGUGCACACUACAUCCAAACGACUCUCUGGCAAUGGAGGGCCCGCUUUCCCGUGUGAAAUCACUGAAGAAGUCAUUACGUCAAUCAUUCCGAAGGAUACGAAAGAGCAGAGUGUCUGGGAAGAAGCGGCUGUCUCCUAGCAGCCCUGCCAGCAAGGUCCAAGAAGCAAAUGCCCAACUUGCUGAGCAGGAUGGUCCACGUGAGGUGGAGGUGACUCCAGUACAAAGACGGAUAGAGCCACGGUCUGCUGAUGAUUCUUUGUCGGGUGUUGUGCGCUGCCUUUACUUUGCUGAUACCUUUCUACGAGAUGCCACACACCAUGGCCCAACAAUGUGGGCGGGAACAAACGCUGGGUCUGUUUACGCUUAUGCACUGGAGGUUCCAUCCAGAGAGAAAUGGACGGAGAAAUCCGCAGAGGCAGUAUUGGGUAAAGAAAUUCAGCUGAUGCACCGAGCCCCCGUGGUGUCGAUUGCAGUGUUGGAUGGACGAGGGAAUCCACUCCCUGAGCCAUUUGAAGUGUCUCGUGAUCUCGCUAAAGCCCCGGAGAUGCAGGGCAGUCAUUCUGUACUAAUCAUCUCUGAAGAACAGUUCAAGGUGUUUACACUGCCGAGGGUGACUGCUAAGACAAAAUUCAAACUCACUGCCCAUGAAGGGUCCAGAGUGCGAAAAUUGGGGUUAAUGAAUUUCCCCAGUAUUGCCUCGGAUGACUAUUCGGAGAACUGCCUGGUGUGUUUAACGAACCUGGGAGACGUUCACAUCUUCACAAUUCCAGGGCUUCGGCCACAGAUUCGCUACGAUUGCAUAAGGAAAGAAGACAUCAGUGGCAUCGCUUCAUGUGUCUUCACAAAAACAGGCCAGGGCUUUUACUUGAUAUCUCCAUCUGAGUUUGAACGAUUCUCCCUAUCUACCAAGAACAUAACUGAGCCACAUUGUGUGGUGGGAUGGGAAGGUCAGAGAGAUCUCUUGAGCCCUGUGACCAGUCUGUGCAAUAACUUGCAAGGAUCUCCCAAGAUGAAUCAAGCAAAUGGAACUCACAAACUUCAGAGUAAAGAGGAAUGCAACUCAUUGGGAGCUGCUGAUGGGAUGCUUGAGGAUUUACAACUGGCGUUGUCUCAGACUCCACUCGACUCUCCCAACAGCAGUGCUGACAUCACACUGGACACAACAGGUGACCUGACAGUGGAGGAUGUCAAAGAUUAUUUACCGGAAUGUUAGCAGAAAGAAAUUGAGCUGAAGACACCUUGUGACCUUAUGUGAUUGGUUGGCUUAGCAGAAAAGGGAAUUUUACCAGCAUUGACAGCCCAAGCUUUACACUGGGAUCAUGGUUGAUGUGGACAGUGGUUUGAAUUGUCACGUCUUCUGUGCCAAAAUGAUUUUUAAAGAAGGACCUUGUCAGAAGCUACAUACCAGCUGCCUCCUGCCUGCUUUCAUCAAUACAAAGCCUCUUGCAACACUAAACAAGUAAUGUUAUAAAACUGACUUUCUGAAGUGAGACCACCUCGGAGUACUUAGGACUAUUUUCAAUCUAUACUUUUCACAUGAAGGAAAAGCAAAUCUGGGAAACAUUUGAUCAUCUCAAGUUUAUACUUUUGUUUUUUCCACAAAUCCCUUCCUGCUUGAGGACCAGUUUUAAAAGAUGGUAUCAUUCUCACUUUGUCCCUAGACUCUUCUGAAAUGCAUUCAGAAACAACAGCAGAUCUUUUGCCUUCCAAGAAUUUAUUGUGACACUACUUAUUGUGACACUACUUGCUGCUUUCUUUGUAGUUUUGUAUACUAGCCUCAACAAAGUAGAAAUAAUAAUAGGACCCUUUGACAGAUCAAUGAUGAGUCAAGUUCUCUUCAAAAUGUUGGCUUUUAAAAAUGUUCUAGCUUUACAAUUAUGGUUUAUUGUUAAUUGGAUGUUAAAGGAGCAUGUGUUGAAGAAAAGAUGCACAUUUCUAUAUAUCUGACAUACACUUGAGUUCUGGUUGGGAUUCAUAAAAACAAGGGAAUUCAAAUUGUGCUUACCAGAUUUAGCUGAACUUGCUUGCUCUCCGAUAACCAGUUGGGUAAUGUGUACUUUUGCCUCUUUGAAGCAACAAUUAAAUACAGGUCUUUUCUCUUUCGGGGGAAUUGUCUGGCCUUGAUCAGCUUCUCAGUGUGACAUUGCUGAGAUCAGACACUGAAAGGAGUUGUUGGGCCCAAUUCUAUGCAGUCUGCUUCUCAGUAUAUUGUUGCUGCCCUCAUCUGUAUAAGUUUAAUUGUGGACUCUACAUUUUAACCACUUCUUGAAAUUAGAUUAUGUAAAAUAAUGUCCCUUGAAGUCUACAGAGCAAAUCACCAAUGCAUUUGCAUCUUGAGUAACUCAGCUUGGGUGGUGUGGUCACCUCACUGCAAUAUUCAUGCAUUCUGUAACACCAAUUUUGUAUAGAUGACAAGAUGAGUUUUAACUUUUUAAUGUAUUGUACAGUUUUCAGCAGUUAAAUUUCAGCAAAUUGUCUGUCUCUUUCCUCUGCAUGCCUCUUUUUCUCUCUCCCAAGCCCCCCCCCACCACGGGAAAAUAAGGAAUUGAUCUUUCUGGUUUCUUCUUCCACUGUUGAUCAUGCGAUGAAAUUGAAAAUAUUUGUGCUGCCAUUUCUCUUCUCUGAUCUGUUUCUGUAUGAUACAAGUCUUUGAGGCAUGUUUUUGUUCUGUAAGGAAGCAAGUCUGCUGAAAGAAGAGAUCUAGAAUUGUUUUCAAAGUUUGAAUAUCUUAAGUUAUCUAACCAUGUUUCAGUCUUUUCUGUCAGUUGAUAAUUUCCCUGGUAAUUAGACCAGUCCAAUGGGGCAGUGGUUGUGUGCUUCCAGUAGAUGUCACUUGCGUGCACUGACAGAUGCAGGGUAGAGACCUCUAGUGGUGAUAGGGUACUGCACUGGUAUGAUUUUUAUUUCUCUCACUCCCCUGUAAAUAUUAUUUCUCAUCAAACUGACAGUCUGAGCAGAAUGGUACAAUUUAUUUGUAAAUAUGCCUUUAUUGUUGAAUGAUCACCUUUUUGCAAUUUCUACAAGGUUCCCUUCACAGGAUUGUUAAUUUCCUUGUGGAAAGCAGUCAGCAUUUGUUUCUUUCUGUCAGUCUUUACUUUUAAAGAUUAUGGGAGGUUAUUUUGAUAUUGACACCACAGACUCUAUGAAACCUUGCGAUAUUUUCAAAGAUUUGUGCUGUUUACAGUAACAUUUUCUAGUAGAAUGUGUUCAGUUACAGAAAAGCUGUUACAUUAUCUAAUGGAUUUUGCUUUUAACAGUAAUAAAGCAUUUAGUGUCUCCUA